GUGCAGGGUCGGCAGUAGAGAUUAGCCUAGCUUAGCAUUUGGGCGAAUAAAAAUAUUAUGCAACUCGCUGAACGGCUGAGAUAAAAGGCAGGCAUCAAAGUGAAUUUGUGUAUUCCUUUGAUGGGAUAUUUUGUUCUACAUCAAGUGCUUCUUCUGGUCGCUGGAUUAGACUCUACGCCAGAUGAAUUCUUCUCUGUUCAGCUUAAUUGUAUUCCUCUACAUUCACGGAGUGCACGUGGAUUCCAAGGUUGACCGCUACAAUUUCAACCUUUUCGAAAAUGGGACAAGUUUUACGGAGAAGGUAGAGGUGGACGUAGACAACCAAACAGAAGUGUUUAGAGUUCCUCGCCAUAACGAUAACGAUGCAUUGGACUUAAUGAACGAUUUCGCUGCGGGCCUAACAGCUCGUCGUGUUCCUUUAAGUAAAGAUUGCUAUGUGUCCAAGUUGGACCCAUCUGUUCCUUCACCACGAGAAAUGAAGAUGGAAAUGGACAAGGCGUCAGAGCAGCCCUUACCAAAUAAAGUGAAAGUUCGCAGAACUGAAGUGAAAUUACUUGGUUUGGCAGACAGGAAGGCACUACCUCAGAAGAUCCUCGAUUUUUGUGGUAGUUUUCCAAUCUACAACAUUAAAGAAGUUCAAAUGGACGAGAGGCACUCAUUUAUUACGCGAGAAAAUGGCAAGGGACGACGGAAACGGAGUCACUGGAUAUCCCAGUGGAAUGGAUGCUCCCAUGCCGACGUAAAACAAAUGCAGGAUUGUCUAAACAAAGUUGGACAUCUGAACCUCACAUUAAGCUGCAAGUACGACGUUAUUUUCUGCUUCUACAGAGCUACCUGCAAGCAUAUUGCCACAGUAAAUACAUUGGUACCUACCUACCAGUGCACUGGAAUCCCACAUGAAGUCAACCUCGUAGGCCUCUGUUGUAGUGCUAUUUGUUAACUGAAGAGUGAUUGUUUGUUAAGGUUAUUUUUUAAAGGUUUUUCUUGUGAUAAAAUUGUAAAACACUGCAACAUAGUACAUGGAAUAGUAAAGACAGGUUUAAAUCAAUAAGGCAGCGCAGGGCAGGAUGAUUUACGAACUAGUACUGUUAAUAAAACUUCGAUUUACUUUUCUUUUUUGUUUGGACCGGGCGAAGCACGACGGAAUGCGAAGGGCAAACAAAUGCGUCAAGGUAAUGGCCUUUCAAACGAGUUACCAGUAUGUCAAUAAAGAUUGAAAUUUUCCCAUUUUCA